CCCGCUUCGGCUGCUGCUCUCGACUAGGUCUACCCAAUUUGCAAUUACGAUUCUGGCCGCAUACAAUAGUGGCUUGCGUUGAGGGCAUGGUCCUUACUUCUCUCCGCCGCCGCCACGCAACCGUCCCUAAUCAAUCGCCAUGGCCGAUCCCCACGAUAUACCGGCCGCACGCCUCCAUGCUGGCAAAUCUAGCAGGAAGAAGAUGCAGCAAGAUCUGGUUUUGAAGGAAAGAGAGUUCUAUCUGUACUACCCUCAACACUCAAAGUCUGAUGGACUUUUAAGUCGCCAGCCGUCCCCGCCGCCAGUCCCCGAAGCACGAACACCACCGGGUACCCCUCCGCCGUCCGUAGACUAUGGUCCACGACCGUCCGAGGACAAGGCCUUGACAGCCUUCGCGCAAUUGGGAGCGCUUCGUUUGAACGCGCGAAGGUGUCUCAUAUCCUUUUUCGACCGGCGGGACUGCUACAUCCUCGCCGAGGCCACGAGGUCGCUUUCGUUGUACACUGGAGAGCCAGAGUUCCAUGACGAUUGCCUGUGCUGGGGCAGUACCAUCUUUCCGAAGCAGCAGAGCAUCUGCUAUUACACGGUUAACCUGGUCUCGCGUUACACUGAUAUGCCCCUCGACAGAAAUGCCGAUAUUCCUUCGCUUGUCGUCAACGACUUGACAAAGGACGACCGGUUCAAGAAUUACCCUUUCGUGGUAGGGGCACCCUAUUCUCGUUUUUAUGCUGGUGUACCAAUACGGAGCCCAAGCGGGCAUAGCAUUGGCACUUACUGUGUCUUGGACGAGAAACCGCGAGAUGGUAUCACUGCUCAUGAGCUGGACUUCCUCAAGGACAUGGCCAGCACGGUGAUGCGUCACCUUGAGAUGACGAGGGCUACCGAGGAUCAGCGCAGAGGAAAAAUCAUGGUGAAGAGCCUGGGAUCAUUUGCUGAGGGGAAGAGUGGCCUGGAGAACUGGUGGCAGGAUCCAUGGGAUUCCACGUCUGAACAGCCACCAACAUCUGAGCCAUUUGUGCUGAAUCGACACGAUAGUGCCGAAUUAAGCACUCCUAGCGUAAUGACUUCAACCCCUACAUCGACUUCCAACGUUCAACCUACGAGCACAGCACCAACAUCAGCGUCCAACGCUCUGCCAGACAGUCAGCGUCCACAGACCUAUCUUACAAUAUCCUCGUCGUCCGUAACGGGCGGUGAGACGGAUAGAAUAGCCCCUGAAGUUAGAGCCGCCUUCACUCGAGCAGCAAAUAUGAUCGUUGAUGCAACAGAAGCAGAAGGCGUGGCUUUCUUCGAUGCUAAGAUCAGUACAUUUGGCGGACUCGUUGAUGAUGACUUCUUUUCGGAACAACUACCAGAACCGGAUAAGCCUUGUGUGCUUCUUGGCGCAUCUCUUAGCAAGACCAUUCGCGAUUCAAGGCCUCUGCCCAACACCGAGACCUCGAUGUCUGAAAGUGUUUUACGGCACCUUCUCAGAUUGUACCCACACGGCCAUAUAUUCAACCUCGAUGACGAUGCCACCGCUCCGCCUAUUAGCUCCCCUUCGGGUGGCGGGGAGCUGGAGACUUCUGAUGGAUUUCCGUUCACCGCGUCUCGGAAGUCAGAUUCCAUGCGAAGUAUGGAUGACGAGGCUUACCUCAGAAGCGUCUUUCCGAAGGCACGAAGCCUCGUGCUGUAUCCGCUGUGGGACCCGCAUCGUGAUCGCUGGUUUGCCAGCGCAAUUAUUUGGAGCUCAGAUCCCAUGCGCGUUUUCACCAGUGAGCAAGAAUUGAGCUACUUGGCUGCCUUCAGCAACUCGGUCAUGGCGGAAGUUGCUCGUUUGGAUACAAAAUUAGCGGACGCAGCAAAGGCCGAUUUCAUCUCAUCCAUCAGUCAUGAAUUGCGUUCUCCCCUUCACGGUAUCUUGGGCAUGACCGACCUCCUAAAGGAUUCAGCUAUCGACAACCAGCAAACCUCACACGUAGCAACUAUAGAGACGUGCGGCAAGACCUUAUUGGAAACGAUCAAUCACGUUCUGGACUUCGCCAAGAUCAACAAUCUUACUCGUGGAGCUUCAAAGCGCCAGAAGAAGCGUACACAAAGCGCGAAACACAUGAUCAGUCCCAGUCAGGCUCAUACAAACGACAUCAUGACUCUGAUCAAUGAUGUGGACAUGAGUGUAUUGACGGAAGAUGUAGUCGAAAGUGUAUUCGCCGGAUACACGUACGCAAAAACGUCCGCUCAGACCUACGAGUUGUAUGCUUCGAAAUCGGACAAACCUCCAAUCUCGGUUAUACUGGAUAUCAAUCGUAGCGACAAUUACAUCUUCAGGACCCAGCCCGGUGCCUGGCGACGAGUUAUCAUGAACCUGUUCGGAAACGCUUUGAAGUAUACGCCUAGCGGUUAUGUCAAAGUUAAGCUCGAGGUGAAGCGGAAGCCGCCUGCCGCUGCUGAUGACUGUUGCGAAUUUCGGUUUACAGUGACUGACUCUGGUAUUGGCAUGUCAGAGGACUACGUUAAUAAUAGGCUCUUCCACUCGUUUGCCCAAGAAAACCCUCUAAGUCAGGGUACAGGCCUCGGUCUCAGCAUCGUCAAGCAGAUUGUCGAAUCUCUGGGAGGCGAGGUUGAAGUACGAAGUGUGAAAGGACGGGGCACCAAGUUCACGGUCAACUGUCCACUCAAGGAGUCCUCGAUGUCUCCCUCAUUCUGUGCCAUCCCCGAGCAAGACAAAGAGAAGCAUUUACUCGAAGUUAGCAAGCUUACAAAGGAUAUGAAGAUACGCUUUGCCGGCUUUGAUGAAGAGGAGGAACACUUCGUGGAGAGCCUCAAGAACAAAACCGCCUCCAAGCUCUCCUUGAAGGCCAUCGAUAGCCUUUGCACCGAAUGGUUUGGCAUGGAAAAAUGCACUGAUGGAACAGAGCCAGACAUCGUCAUUGCUACCGAAGCGUGGGCGAAGAAACUGCGCGCCCAGCACAGCCAGGACCCUGGAAUGAUUUCUGCAGCCCCUGUCAUCGUUGUCUGUCAGGGCGCGGCAUCCGCUCAAUCAACAACCGCCAUUACUGUUCCCGGCAUCAUAUUCGAGUGUAUUGGCCAGCCCGUUGGACCACACAAGAUGACAAAGGCUCUGAAUUCCUGCCUUGAUCGUCACGCAAACCGACUAUUAGAGCAGAGCACCGAGACUGACACUACUGUCUCCAUGUCGGAACUUGAUCUCCAGGAUAACACACUCCCUGCUCAUCGCACCGACAUGUUUACGCACAUUCCGGAGGCUUUGCGGCCGCAUCUCACCUCAGUGAGUAGUGCUCCUGAAAUACGACCCGUCGGCUCAAGCCCCAUCAAAAAGUCAAUAUACUCGAAGCCCAGCCGAUCCUUGAAUUGCCUCUGCGUUGAUGACAACCCGAUCAAUCUGCGUCUCUUGCGUACCUUUAUCGACAAGCUAGGGCAUCAACACGUCCUCGCGCCGAACGGCCUCGAAGCCCUCGAUCACUACAAAGCUGUUCAUCCGUCUGCCUCGUUGACGGAUACCGUUGACAGUAUUGAUGUCAUUCUCAUGGACAUCCAAAUGCCCGUAAUGGACGGCCUCGAAGCGACACGCCAGAUUCGCGCCCACGAAAUCAGGAACGGUCUUCCAAAGGUGACGAUCAUCGCAUUAACCGGUGUAGCAGACGCAGACAUCCAGCAAGAGGCAAACUCAAGCGGCGUUAAUCUGUUCUUAAUCAAACCGGUCAGACUUGCGGAGUUGGAGGUGGUACUCAAGGGCGUGGUGACGGGUCAGGACAAGGCCAAGCUAGAGCUGGAGCUAGAGAAGGAAAGAGUCGAGAUUUCACUCCGGAGCCUGGACGGCGCGGACCAAAAGGAAGAUCUUGUCAGUAUGGGAAGCAAGGCUCUUCAGGGCGUCGAGCAGGUGCAGAAGCUGGUUACGAUUACGGAGUAGAGGAGCGAACAGACGGGGUUUUGUCUCUCCUUAUUCCGCGGGUAAGACAUACGCAUUAUAGCGUACAAGGAAGCUGAUUUAGACGGACGAAACAUGACGACAAGCUGCGCAUUUUGGUCUACAUUUCACUCGACAUGGUAUGCAGAGGAAAAGUGCUACGGUGGUUACCUAGAAGGCGUUAUACCCCCCCACAUUUCCCUUUUGAUUCUAUUAUAUUUUAGCAUAGGUGUUUAGCAUAGCAUGGCGUUUCUCAAGUGCUAGCUUGAAUGGCGCGUCACGACUAGUAGAUAUGAU